AUGCUGUCAACCGAGGAUGAAUGGACAACGGAGGAAGAAAUACAGUUAUUUCUUGCUCUGCAUGGAUUACGACCUGUUGGCAUUAAUAAGCAUUUUUUUAUGGUUUGUAUUGUUGAGCGAUUGCAAAAGACACUAAAUCGGAAAAUCAGCAGUGAUCAAAUUUGGAAGCAUCUAAAAACAAUGUAUAAUUUAAAAGCAUUAGACGACUUAGAGCCAUUACCAUUUCCAAAUAAUGAGGAAAAUUUUGAUUUACCAUUGGAUUUACAAACAAAAUUAAAAAGAUCCGAGUCUGAAGACGGUGAAUCCUCAUCGAAAGAAACUGAUCGUAAACCAUCUAAUAUAGUAUCGUCUACAACCACACAAAAGCCAAAUAUCAACAAAAGUUCCUCAUCAAAUACUGAGCGAAAUGACAGAAAAUCUCAUAAAGCCUCAGAAUCCGAAAGAAUUCAACCAAAAAGGACAAGAGGCUCCAUCCAUCAUGAUGUCAAUGCUGAUGGAAAUAAUUCAUCACCGGCUAGUACUCCACCUCCACAGCAAAACAAACGCCGUCGGAUUUAA